AUGCCACUCUGCGGCGGCAAGAAGACCGUACAGCGCAAACUCGUCCUCUUAGGCGAUGGCGCCUGCGGGAAGACAUCGUUACUGAACGUCUUCACACGAGGCUUCUUCCCUACCGUCUACGAACCCACCGUCUUCGAGAACUAUGUCCACGACAUCUUUGUAGACAACAUCGCCAUGGAGCUCUCAUUAUGGGAUACGGCCGGGCAAGAAGAAUUCGAUCGCCUGCGGAGUCUGAGCUAUGAUGACACGCAGGCUAUUAUGCUUUGUUUCUCGGUCGAUAACAGAGGCUCUCUCGAGAAUGUCUCCUCGAAAUGGCUCCAAGAAAUCAACGAGCACUGCCCGGGCGUCAAGAUAGUGCUGUGCGCGCUCAAGUGCGAUUUGCGCGAAGAGCAAGAGAAGGACGAUGACGAAGAAGAGGCUGCACCACCACAGCAGCCGGCAGGUGGAGCGAAGGUUAUGAUACAAUAUAAUGAGGGAUUGGAGGUAGCGAGGCAGAUUGGCGCAUUGAGAUACUUGGAGUGCUCAGCAAUGCGAAACCGCGGCGUCAACGAAGCGUUCACUGAAGCUGCCCGAGUGGCGCUGCAGGCCAAGCCAGCGAAGGGAGCAGACGACUCGAAAUGCACGGUCAUGUGA